UCUAAGUUUGAGCGGCCCGCUCAAAGCCCUAGUUGCAUGGCAUUCGCUUCGAUUAACUUUGGGUGAAUAAAUUAGGGUUUCCCAAGUAGAUGGGGUAGGGUUUAGUUCCAAUUGCUAUCUCUCACCCAAUGGAUUCCUUAAGCUGUUGCUCAUCUUUGUGCGACAUUAGGAAUCUGUCAAUAUCAACUGUUCCAGAACCCGAAGGUCAUCAGAGAAUUGAAACCAAAAUAUGUGAUUUGCCCGACGAUUUGCUCCUUCAGAUCUUACGGUUUCUCCCCACAAAAGAAACAGCUGCCACUACAAUCUUGUCAAAAAGAUGGCGUCAAUUAUGGACGAUGUUGCCUGUACUGUACUACAUAGGCAAAGGCAGCGAGAGCAUCAGGUGGUUUAUUGAAAAGUCAUUGCAACUUCACAAGGCCCCAAAACUAUUUACGUUGAUUGUGACAGUCUGUCCAAGUUCUCCCGUUGACGUGGAUCUCGGAAUAUGUGUUGAGAACGCAGUUAAUCGCGGUGUGAUAUUGUUAGCUUUCAGUAUUCUCUGGAAAGCAGAUCCCACAAGCUUUCCGAAGAGCCUUUACACAUGCGACACACUCUCUUACCUACUUCUAUCCAACGAAGUUCUUGUGGAUGUUUCUUCUCAGGCUCACCUUCCAUCUCUCUCACAUCUGUUUCUUGACGAAGUGGUGUACAAAGACGAAGACUCCCUUGUUAAUCUUUUGUCAAGUUCCCCGGUUCUCAAGCAGCUGAAGGUGUAUCGACGUAAGGAUGACAACUUGACCAACUUUACCGUGAAAGUUGCAUCCUUACAAACAUUAGUUUAUACGGCUGAUAUGAGCCAGAAUGAGGAUGAGGAUGAUGAAAAUUCCAAUGGAUCGUUGGUAAUAGAUUCCCCUGCGCUAAUAAAUUUGGCCCUAGUUGACGAAAGGGGAGACUACUGCUUGAUAGAGAAUAUGCCUUGCUUAGAUGUCACAUUUAUACACUUAUGUGAUAACCUGAGUGACACGUUUUUGAGAUCUCUUUCUUCUGUCAUACACAUGGACUUGUUCUUUCUUGAAUCAAUGGUUGCGUACUGUAAUGCUGUCAUAUACUCAAGUCUCGUAGAGUUAAACUUUUGUCCAGGCAGUUUUGUAGAUUGUUUGGAUCCACUUAUGGUUUUGCUUCAUAAUUCUCCUAAACUAAAAUCUCUUACGUUAGAUACGGAAGCCCAUAGUUUCCCACUAUCCUGGAACCAGCCUAGUUCUAUUCCCGGCUGCUUGUCGUCUUAUCUAGAGAUCUUUCGAUGGAAAGCCUAUGGAGGAACAGAAGAUGAGAGACAACUAAUGACAUACAUUCUCGGUAACUCAAAUUGCUUAAAGACAGUGGAGAUAGAGAUAGAAUCUAAUCUUGAAGAGAGACAACAUGAGAUAGAAUCUAUGCCUAGGAUUUCAACAUCAUCUCGGCUUCUGUUCCCCACCAAAAUGAAAAAAAAGGUUUAACGGACAAACUUUCUCUUGAUACUGUUACUUAUCUAUGUUUAAACUAAUCAAGCUACCGUUUCAUGGACCCAGCCUAGUUCUGAUAUGAGUAUUUUACAUAAUUUCGUGCUGUCUGAAUAAAAUUCAUAAUAAAAUUAGUGUUGUCAUAAUUUUAUUAAUCUAAAUUUACUUUCUUUAGAAGCAUCAGCAGUGGUGAACUUCUCAUCUCUUAGU